CUUCCGUACGCGUUGAUAUGAUUGGCCGGCGCAGAGUGGCUCUCUUUUCCUCCUUGGCUGCUUGAAGACUAGCCUUCAUCAUGAAUGACACAGUAACUAUCCGGACCAGGAAGUUCAUGACCAAUAGACUACUUCAGCGGAAGCAAAUGGUCAUUGAUGUCCUUCACCCUGGGAAAGCAACAGUACCCAAGACAGAAAUUCGGGAAAAACUAGCCAAAAUGUACAAGACCACACCAGAUGUUAUCUUUGUGUUUGGAUUUAGAACCCAUUUUGGUGGUGGAAAGACAACUGGCUUUGGCAUGAUUUAUGAUUCCUUGGAUUACGCAAAGAAAAAUGAACCCAAACAUAGACUUGCGAGACAUGGCCUGUAUGAGAAGAAGAAGACCUCAAGGAAACAGAGGAAGGAGCGCAAGAACAGGAUGAAGAAGGUCAGGGGCACGGCCAAGGCCAGCGUUGGUGCUGGCAAAAAGAAGGUAAUGUAUUUUGAGAAGCUGUGUAUUGUAGUAUCUUAACACCACCUCAGUAGAGUAGCUUCUCCCACAGUAGCUUUGCCACAGCUCACAGAUUAGCAUAGCGUGGGGGCCACAUCGGUUCAGUGGUCAUCCUGGUGGGCGCCUUGCAGGCCCAGUCAGGAGAAGUUUUCAUUUUACUGCUAAUUGGCAUAGACUCACCGGAGGAGCAGAUCUAGUUUUCUGAGACUGAACUUACUUUAAAAUGGACAACUGGGUUAAGAAGCAGUUGAAUCAAUGUGGCCCGUGUUUUCCUGGCAUGCUGGAGAGGCAGCUGAAAUCUCGGUUGUUUACCUCUCCAGCUAGCCAAGACUUCAGUGAUUUUAAUGAUAGCAGCUUUUUACCAGCUUUGCCUAGCUAAUUCUAAACAGUUGAAUUAAGGUGUUGGGUUGUUAAAUUAACAAAUAAUCAAGUGUUCUGUGAACUUUGUUUUUUUUGCCUUUUCCGUCUUUCUUGGAUUUCUUGUUCAUCAGAAAUGAAGUGUCUGGCAGGUACUGAGAUUUUGAGCACGGUGUGGGAUGCAUCACCUUCACUGAGUUUGCUUUGAUGCUUUUUGUGCAUGUUGGCUUUUGAACAACAGAGUUUCACAGUAUGGUUUGUUAUAACGCCACUGCUGUGUUUUAAAAUAGUAUACUGUGAACAGAGGAGGAACGGUUUUGAUCACACUUAUUUUGGAAACUCAAAUGCAUGUUUUGGUGUGAAGGGACCCAGUGGAGGAAGGUGGAUAUCCUACUAAGUAGGCACCUUUUAAUUACACUUGGGAAGCUGUGUCCCAGAAAGUUACAUACUCGGGAAAUGGCUUUACUUAACACGGUUGGGAAAGGUCCUCUCAUCCAGUUAUGAGCGGUCUUUCCUUGGGGACUUUGGAGACUGGUCCAUUCUCUGGGAGCUCUGGUAAUAAACUGGUCCAGGACACCUGGCAAUGCCUGUGUCCUGGGAUCAUCCACGCAAAACUGCCUUGUACCAUCUCCUUUACCAUCUCACUGUUUUUCACUGAUCUCUGACUUUUCAUCUGAUAGAUUUUUUUAGUUGAAAAAUUUCCUGUAUAAUUGUAUAUUCACAUUAAAGCUUUUGAUGCAUACGCUUUUUCUACAAGUAUUUGGUCAGAAUGGUCCACUAACCAAUUUUAAGCACAUUUUGCACAUUUGAGCAGCCUAAACCAGUUGUAAAGUGGGCUGAGCCUGGGUUGGGGGUAGUAGGGUUCUGGAACAGUGGUGGUCACUGCCCCUGUGUGCUGUGACACCCUGCCAGGCCAUGUCGUAAACCUGUUCUGCCUGCCUGGAACUCAGAUCACAUUGACUUCCCAGCACCAUGGAGUUAACAGUAACCAACUGCCAGAGGAACUACUUGCUGCUUAAAGCCACUCCCUGUUUGUGAGGCUUACCCCUGUUGACAGAAGUCUGGAGGUUGAAGAAAAGAACAGUCAAUAUUUGUCUUCUGAUCUAGAUUUGAAGGAUGCUUAACACAUUCUCUUCUUCAUUUAGCCUGAGUCUCAUGUGUUAGAGCUCAGUGGUGACAGCUGCAGAGGGGCAACCUGUGGGGACCUGAGCCGUCACUUUUCCUCCUCAAGUUGCACUGGUGCAUUUCACUAGCACUGCUCUGAAAAGCCACCUGGAAAAUGAAUGCAUAAAUGAGCACAAGCUUUUUAUUUUUUAUUGAUUUUAGAAAGAGGAAGGGAGAGAGAAACAUUGAUUUGUUGUUCAUGUAUCUAUGCCUUUGUUGGUUGCUUCUUAUAGGUGCCCUGACGGGAUUUAACCCUCAUUCUUGGCUUAUCAGGACAGUGCUCCAGCCAACUGAACUACUUGGCCAGGGCAAGCACGUGUAUUUUUUGGCUUAAAAAAGUCAGGCAUAAUAGUGUUCCUUUUAUUUCAGUUUUUGUUCAGAUGUUGGAAUUGGUCAGUUGAAGCAUUUUAACGUUAGCUAAAUUCUGCCUCUUUUAAUACUAAUUUGCAUUACUUUUGUUGGCUGUGAAUGGUGGCUUUUAAAGUAUUGAGCUGAGCCAAGUUUUAAAAGACUUGCU